AAGGUGCUUCGCAGCUCAAAAUAAAAUCAUGGCAAGCACUCAUUACAUGUAAGAUCAGGUCACCAGCUCAAGAAAGAGAUCAUGGUAGUUCAACAGAUAUUGCGUGUAAUGCGCCAUUGCGAUAUUGUUACUUUUUUUAUGGCCCCACUUCAAGCUAAGCUCUCGAUAAGAGAUUGACAGUACUCAAGAAACAAAUACAGCUAUUAUCAUGUUAUAAACCAGUUUAAGAGGUGCCGGCUAACCGAAUGCGUCGUCAGUGUUAUCGCGGAAUGCGUUGACCGAUUGCGAUGCGUGUCUUCUAUCGUUUUAUGUUAUCUUAUCUUUACGCAGGCCCUUGCGUGGCUUUGCUGUGUGAGUACGACGCACUGCCCGAUAUCGGCCACGCUUGCGGCCACAACCUGAUCGCCGAGGCCUCCGUGGGCGCUGCGCUGGCUGUGAGCGAGGCCAUGAAGAACCACAAGGGACAUUCGGGGCAAAGUGGUUGUAUUGGGCACGCCAGCGGAGGAAAGCCACUGCGGUAAGGAGCUGCUGAUACGAAAGGGUGCCCUGCAGGGUGUCGACGCGGCGCUCAUGGCGCACCCAGCUCCAGAUGACAUCUUGACACUCGGGUUCGCUGCGACGCAGCAGCUGUCACUCCGCUUCAAAGGCAAACCAGCCCACGCAGGGGCGUCGCCGUGGGAGGGACUGAGCGCCCUGGAUGCUGCCGUCGCUUCGUACGUCAACGUCAGCCUGCUUCGACUGCAGCUGAAGCCGACCGCCAGGAUUCAUGGCGUCAUCACUGAAGGCGGCAAGUCCCCGAACGUGAUCCCCGAGGAGACGGAGAUGCGCUUCAGCGUCCGGGCUCCGAGUACCGAGGAACUGGCCCAGCUCCUGCGGAAGGUGGAAGCCUGCUUCAGAGCGGCGGCUGACGCCACGGGCUGCUCCCUGGACAUGGAGAGGAGGUUGCCGUACAUGAACGUCUUGCACAAUGCCACUAUCGCAGAAACGUACCGGAAGCACGCCCACGCUUUCGGCGUGUCCUUCCUGGACGACGUCGCGAAGAACGCGCCGACCACGGGAGGUGCCACGGACUGUGGCAACGUGUCGCACCGGGUGCCCGCCAUCCACCCUAUGCUCGGCGUCCGCGCCGAUAAAGGAUCGGGGAACCACACGCGAGGUUUCGCCGCCGUAGCCAACUCCGCGGACUCCCAGCCGCCCACGCUGAGGGUGGCCAAGGUCCUGGCUCUGACGGCGCUCGAUCUGCUCACGGACGCCGAGCUUCUGCGCGAAGCGAAGCGGGAGUUUGCAGCUUUGCAACUACCACCGGAAGAGGAGCUGCAAUCUGCGCUGUCGUGAAAUGAGAGCUUUAGUCGCUAUGCGCUUCGUUUUAACGCUUUAAGCUGGAUUCACGCCCCGGGUCGAUCCACUGGUCGAAACAUCGUUGACGAGCGUGACAUCGUGGCUGAGCUGCGACGAGCGUCCUUGUGUGUGGCGUGAUUUGGUUGCGCUGGGCCACGUCAUGUCCGUCCACGGAACGAAUAUUACCAAUUCGGUCAGUCGUGUCACGGUUGGAGUGCAGCGCAUGUGCGAUGUACUUGGAGCAGGCGCACGAUAUGGCCUGCUCACGGGGGCUUGUUGCUGCCUAUCGUCGGAACUGUCCGGGGCCACUAGAGCCUGCCCUUUCUUGCGUUUAAUUGUAGCCCUUUCGCCUUCACUGCUCGAUGCCGGCCGUGGCCUCGUUUGCUCGAGAAAGCCUCGGCGCCCUGGUUUACACACCCGGGCCGUUAUCUUGUACGCACUCCAAAAGGUGAUGUUCGGUUUCGCCUCACGCGAUUGGCCUAGAUUGGCCUAGGCCACGAUAUCUGGGAAAUCGCGUGAGACGAAACCGGACAUCGGCUUUUCGAACACGUACAAGAUAGCGGCCCUAGAGUAGGCUGCUAAACACUCUACUUCUAAUGCUUAACAAAAGCGGCCGUAGCUUAUGAAGGUGUGAAGUUCCAGCUACAAACGCGCAAAGAGAUCUAUCUUUUCGUUUUCUGUGACUCCAGGUGAUUAGUAUUGGAAGGGCACGGAUCGCUCAGAAAUGAUGCACGGUCAGCUACAAUUCUUGCUGACAGAUGUAAAUAAAUAAAAAUAUUUAAAUGAGGAACGAAGGUUUAGGAACAUGUAGCCUAAAUGCAAAUGGCAAUACACACAAAAAACUAAAAAGAAAGAGCAACACCAAAAAGUAAGAACACGCACUGCUUGCAAUAUACUUUGAAGCACUGUCGUAAAACGCUUAUAGCCUGAAAUCAUGGCCUGAGAGCAUGGGAGCAGAAUUGCAUCACGUGUUCUUUUAGAGAUGUUUCAGCGUCGCAAUGACGUUUAGCGAAAAGAAAAGCGCUGCAUUUAGCACUUCUGCUGCCGCGAGGUUCAAUGAGUAUACGUGCUUUCUUGUCGGAUUUGAGGAAAUUUUAUACAUUUGCCUUGGGUGCUCAUAAAUAAUCAGCACAAAUGUGCCACCGAUGACGGCCGCGUGGUCCAGGAGCUCACGUUAUAGAAAUUGACUGCGUCGCUGCCAACAUUGUUGUGAACGUGGCAGGGAACGAAGUUUUGAAUAUGACUCGUUCAUUGUUGUGAGGGUAUUUUACUCCUGUUCAGAGCGGGCCGUUCUCCGUGAGCUUGAACGUGGUGUUUGCAGAGUAGUAUAAACCGGAAUAUCCAUCGAGAUUUCUUUAAAAAAUAUGACAGCCAAAGUUGCCCCUCGUCUUAUAUAGCGGUCUUUUGAUAUAGCGUAUAUUGUGAGUCUUCCGUAGGACAAGCCAAGGUCAGCGGUCGACCUAUAUACUCCUUGCCGACUUAUAUUCCGGUUGAUACGGUAGUUAUCAGCAACAAUGCGAAUUGCUGCUCCGUCGUACGUAUGCCUCGACAGGACAGGUGACGUUCUUCGUCCACACAAACGAGUCUCUCCCGCUGAGAGUUAUUGAGAGAGAAAUAAUUUAACACGGCUUCCUGUAAGCGCUGGUUACCUGAUAUCCAUCUAUCCAGAAUGAACUCAUGGAUUGAUUUGGUUUAGCGUGCGAAAGCAGCACGAGGGCCAUGAGAAGCGCUGUAGUGAUCGCCUCCAAAUUAAUUUUGACAAUACGUGCGCACAGCUCCAUUGGAAUGGGUCCAUCACACCCGGAAAUGGAAUCCAUGACCUCGUACUCAACAGCUGAGCAGUGCAGCCACUGACUUCCUACAAACCACAAUACGCCGGCACAUUAUUCUGUUGCGGGACACUUCUUGGCCACGAAGAAGCAGGAAGUUUAUGUCGCUGUGAGAACAUUUACGUCCGAUGACACUCGCACACAGUCACAUAAUCCGAUAAGACAUCCUCAUUGAGCCCAGCAUUACCCGAUGUCACCAGGACUCUGUAUACUUGUGGAACCUGGUCUAUCAUGCGUUGUUCCCGCAGAAAUUAUUUUAACAGCGAUUUCGAUGCCUGACUCUCAGAACGCAGUGCUCCAGGUUCGAUUCCACUUGUCAGACCACUGUUAUCAACCUUCGGCCUACGUAGCGAUAACACAAGAAACCGUAAUGCGUAUUUACCUUUCUGCAUUCGCCGAUAUGUACGAAAUACUGGCGUUUUUCUCAUGGUAUUGUGCUAAAACGUUGACGCCAGACAUACACGUACCGCAUGAAACCCUCUUAUAUCUUUUCGAUAUGUAGAAAUGACAUCAUAAUACCAUACAUGAUGGUAUUUUGCCAUAGUAGUUCCUGACCGUCCCGCUUCAAUGAUAUUUGAAAGAAUUAUAAUGCUUUUCGUGAAAUGCUCCAGAUGCAGGACAAAAUAAAACUGACCUUGAAAGUCGGAGUGCCAGCAACUCUCAUUACAAAACAGGCAGACAUGAUGCCUUUGUUUGUUUGUUGUUUAUUCUUGCUUGAUGGUAUGCCUGAACGCAAGAGAUGACGGGGCAGUGUGACGUCUGUGCCCAACUUGGGCUCGGAUUAGCCCAUGUUUCCCGUAAGACGAGAAAACGAACAAAAAUAUCACCGCCGAAGCACUCCGUAGAGAUGGUUGACUAGCGAAGCUGAAACGUGCGGCCCCGGUGUUUAUCACUGGGCUAAUCCCAACGGUUCAUUAAGGUAUUUCUCAAUCAUCGGUUACGUCUU